AUGGCCCAGAGCUCAGCAGAUGCCAGUGUCUUCGUGGCAAAUUAUGUGUCUGUGCAGAGCAACGAGGUGGUUCCAGAUGAUGACGAGAUGGAUAACUUUUUGCCAGACGCCCACUGGACCGCUUCGCGGGAACUGUCUCCAGCACAGGACGUCACAGCCAGCCUCCUGGGGGGGCUGCCCACUCACUCCCCAGGGGCUGUGCUGACGCCAUCCUUACCUGUUAUUGCUUCACACAACCAAGCGGUGGCCUCCACCUGGCACCGCGCCAUACAGCCACCCCCAACGGAAGCUGAAUCCCCCAGUCCUUCUAGCCCGUCUCCGUCAGUGUUUUCCAGUUCCGAGGGCUUGGUUCCAACUCCCAGCAGGAAUUUGGUGCUCUAUCCCACCGACACGUUUGGACACUGGUCAAGCAGGCCUUUGACUGAGGUUGUGGCUUCAGUCACGCUGGGUGCAGGAGCCCUCCCCUUGAGUUCUCCGUCUCCAGUGACCGAGACGGCAGGCCAGGGCCUCACUCAACAACCAUUUUUCUCCUUAGGGGAGGCCACGCAGCUCCCCGAGCAGGUUCUGGGAGCGAGCACAGAGCAUGGCUACGCUGAGGUAACCACUGCUUUGCAUCAGGGUCUCCGAGGCACUGUUGCUUCACGAACGUACCCAACUCUACAAGUCUCAGACGCAGCCCUGGAUUUCAGCAACAGCACAGACCCUGCUUUGUUCUCGUCUCCUCUUGCAUUUGUACCCUUUUCUGCUCCGUCAGCUGAUGUCUCAGAUCACCUCUUUCUUCCCAGCAAAGCCAGUGAAACGUCUGAAUUGCUUGUCAGCUCAGCGGCCCCCACCCGUGUGGCUGACACGCCUGCCCUGAGCCCCACGCCUUUGUCUGGACAGCACGUAUGGUGUGUGUCCUGCCGUCUGUCUUCACCUUGGCAAGCUCUGUCCUCGAGCCUUGUGGAGAAAGACAUGGGCUCGGGGGAUGGCCCUGAGACCUUGUCCUUGGCCAUAUUGGAAGCCAGCAGCCUUGUUCCACCAGGCAUCGUCGGAACAACUGACUUCUCCGAAUUUGAGGAGAAUCCUCAAGAAUUCAAUACGCUUUUCCCCUCAAGACCUGUAGUUUCACUUUACUCUCCAUCCAUGGGGGUCUCAGGCCUGAGCGUUGGCACCUCAGCUGAGGUGGACAUGAGUAGUACUGUUUCCACACACACGUCUCCUCCCCAUGACCACCCUUCUGUCGCCGUGUCACCUGAGACCUCGUCCUUCAGCUUCUCCUCGGUUGUGGAAACGGAAUUCAUGUCAUCCAGUGUAGCAGCUGUGUUUCCCUCAGUCCUCGCCAGCGUGCUCCUUGACUCAUCUUUCUCCAUCACAGUAAAUAAAAAUGUCCCAUCGAUUGCUAUCACAGACCCAAACCUUUUCACGCCCUAUAGUUUGGUUCCCUCAGUAGAUUCUUUGCUUUUCUCUGACCGAGAACCACCCAGGUUUUCCCAACACAAAACAGGAAGCACUUUGGAUUUUGCACCCAGCCUUUUCUCAGCGCCUCCGCUGGAGUUCAGCAGCUUGGUGUCUUCGCCCUCAGAAGUGCUGGCGUCGGCGUCGGCGUCUGUGGUGUCGAGCGAUUUGUCGAUGUUCGUUGCUCAGGCGUUUUCUUCGUUGGUGGAGGCAUUUACAUCCUCUGCCUCUGUCCACUGGCAGUCGCCUCCAUUGUCUGUUCCUAAUUCCACACGCCUUGGGUUUUCCCAGCUCUGGCCAAGUUCGGAUCCUCUUUCAAAUACAUUCACUUUUCUUCCUGGCUUCUCUGAAAUGAGGCCACUGUCGAGUUUCCUGUCCGAUUCCUUCAAGCUUUCUGAAGUGUCAGCAGUUUUGCCGACAGACUCGGAUGUUCAUUUUACCUCAGCUUUCACAGAAACUACCUCCUGUUUCGAGUUCUCCCUCAUUUCCCGUGAGUCUGCAGUCACCACACUGGCACCCUCUAGUUCUGAGUCUGUCUUUGACUUUGUGAUUGAUGGGACUCACUUCACAUCACUGUUGACUGCUUCUCUUACUCCAUCCACAUCAACCGAGUUGUCUCUGUUUUUGACUCCCACGCCUCCUGACUAUGACAUCAUGCUGGCCCGAAGAGCCGUGCAGGAGUACAUCAUCAUGGCCAUCAAAGAAGUGCUGCGCGUCCACUUCAACCGGGCCGUGGAGCUGAAGGUCUAUGAGCUAGCCCCUGACUUCACUUUCCUGGUGACAUCCAGCCCUUUCAUCUACACGGCAAUAUCGGUCAUAAAUGUGCUCAUCAGUAGUAAGCUUGUGCGUGACCAGACUCCUCUGAUCCUCUCUGUGAGACCUUCCUUCUUUGUGCCCGAUUCCAGGUUCCAAGUCCAAACAGUACUUCAGUUCGUGCCUCAGAGCGUGGACACCGGCUUCUGCAACUUCACCCAGCGCAUCGAGAAGGGCCUGCUGAUCGCGCUCUCAGAAGUGAGGCAGCACCACCUGGGCACCUAUAACCUCACGGUGCAGAUCCUGAAUGUCACUGUGGGGCCUUCGAGGACGGCCCCCCGGCGGGGCCCUGUGAAUAUCGUCUUUACCGUCAGGAACUCGCAGGGGUUUCUCAACGGCUCGGAAGUCAGUGAGCUGCUCCGGAACUUGAGCGUGGUGGAGUUCAGCUUCUACCUGGGCUACCCCGUGCUGCAGAUCGCCGAGCCCUUCCAGUACCCCCAGCUCAACUUGUCUCAGCUGCUGGAGUCUUCCUGGGUCAGAACAGUCCUCCUGGGUGUCUUCGAGAGGCAGCUGCAGAAUGAAGUCUUCCAAGCGGAGAUGGAACGCAAGCUGGCCCAGCUGCUCGGCGAGGUUCUCUCGAGGAGGCGGAUGUGGAGACGGGCCACCGUGGCCGUGGGGAGCAGUGUGGUGCAGGUGGUGAACGUGUCCAGGCUGGAGGGAGACGACCACCCCGUGCAGCUAAUCUACUUUGUGGAGGAUCGAGACGGAGAGAGACUCAGUGCGGCCAAGUCCUCAGACCUGAUCAACAGGAUGGACGUCCAGAGAGCCGCCAUCAUCCUGGGUUAUCGGAUCCAGGGCGCCAUUGCCCAGCCCGUGGACUGGGUGAAGAGGCCGUCCCCAGAGACGCAGACCAGCAACCUCUGGGUCACCGUGGGCGUGGUCAUCCCGGUGCUGGUGGUCAUGGUGAUCGUGGUGAUCCUCUACUGGAAGGUGUGCCGCACAGACAAGCUGGACUUCCAGCCUGACACUGUGGCCAACAUCCAGCAGCGCCAGAAGUUGCAGAUUCCUAGUGUGAAGGGCUUCGAUUUUGCCAAGCAGCACCUGGGCCAGCACAAUAAAGACGACAUAUUGAUCAUCCAUGAGCCUGUGCCCCCGCCAGGACCUGUGAAGGACCACACACCCCCGUCCGAGAACGGAGACGUGCCGAGCCCCCAGGCCAAGGUCCCCUCCAAGAGCCUCCGCCACAGAGGAAGGGUUUCACCCUCGGAUGCCGACUCUACCGUCAGUGAGGAGUCCAGCGAGCGGGAGGUGGGAGAUAAGCCCCCCGGAGCGGUCAGCGAUGGCAGGCCCUCCCGCGGGCCCCAGAGCGGGCCGCCCCCUCCCAGCUCGGCUCCCGAGCAGCCCUCGUCGGCCUCCAUAUUCGAGCACGUGGACAGGAUCUCUCACUCGGCAGAGGCCGGCCGCCGCGUGCUCAGUAAGAUCCAGCUCAUUGCCAUGCAGCCCAUCCCGGCUCCUCCGGCCCAGCUGCCUGCGCUGGGCGAGCGCGUGGUGGAGACCAACAAGAUGAACAAGGAGAUUCAGACUGCGCUGAGGCACAAGUCCGAGAUCGAGCACCAUCGGAACAAGAUCCGGCUCCGCGCCAAGCGCCGCGGGCACUACGAGUUCCCGGUGGUGGACGACCUGUCCUCUGGGGACACCCGGGAGCGCCACCGCGUGUACCGCCGUGCACAAAUGCAGAUCGACAAGAUCCUGGACCCCACGGCCAGCGUGCCCUCCGUGUUCAUAGAGCCCAGGAAGAGUUCGCGGAUAAAGCGUUCUCCCAAGCCACGGCGGAAGCACCAGGUCAAUGGGUGCCCCACGGAUGCCGAGAAGGACAGGCUCAUCACCACAGACAGCGAUGGCACCUAUAAGCGGCCCCCCGGCGUGCACAACUCAGCCUAUCUCGGGUGCCCGUCUGAUCCCGACCUCCCAGCGGAAGCCCGGACACCAUCCUCCACCGAGCUGGGCCGGUACGCUGGCUUGCCCUUCCCGGCUUCGCAGUACAUCCCGCCCCAGCCGUCGAUCGAGGAGGCCCGCCAGACCAUGCAUUCCCUCCUGGACGACGCCUUCGCCCUCGUGGCUCCCAGCAGCCAGCCGGCCAGUGCUGUAGGUGCUGGCCCCGGGCUCCCUGCCGGACUGCCUGUGAAUAGCACCCCUUCCCGGGAAGAGCGGAGAGCCACACAGUGGGGGUCCUUCUACAGCCCGGUGCAGACGGCCAACAACCCAUGCAGCGGUGUGGCUUCAUUUGGGUCCAAACCGUUCAAGGUCUUGGCUGGCCACCUGAGCAUCCAAGGGGUCCUUGAAGUAUGGGAGCACAGGCCCAGCUUUGGCCCCGCUUUGCUGCCGUCCUCGGACCUGGAGCCCGCCGAGCCCGCGCAGCCGCAGGCCGAGGCGCCCUUCCCCGCGCGCGCCAUCUACGCAGAGGAGGUGGCGUCGGUGGCCCGGCCCCGGCCGGUCGGGGGCACCACAGGCUCCCAGAUCCAACACCUCACGCAGGUGGGCAUCUCAAGCAGGGUUGGUGCUCAGCCUGGGGAGGCUCCACCAGGCCGGGGCAGCCAGUAUGGGGGGCCAGGAUGGACGGCAUACGGGGAGGACGAAGCCGGGCGGAGAGAGGCUACCCAUAUGAUUGGCCAUCAAGAAUAUUCUCCACCGCUGUUUCAGGUGCCAAGGACUUCAGGCAGAGAGCCUCCCGCCCCACCCAGGAACCUCCCUCACAGGGCUCUGCAGGGCCCCGGGCUGCCUUAUGCCGCCAGCUCCAGUGAGGAUCUGCAGCCCGGCCACUCAUCCACGUCUCUCAUCAAAGCCAUCCGCGAGGAGCUCCUGCGGCUCUCCCAGAAACAGACCGCUGUGCAGAACUUCCACAGCUGA